GACACACAGUACACAGAGAGAGGGAGAGUCAAUGUGAGCGCACAUGUGCCAGUUGCUCGAGCACAGCUGCCACAUGGAGGGAAGGAUACCACACAUGGAAACUGCUGCCGAGUGAAAGACAAAAGUCCAAAAGGCAACUCAACUUUCGCGUGUUUAGGUGGGAAUUAUAGGGGACGAUAGAUAUCUACUGGAGCAGAACCACCCAGUAAACUGUCAUGGCUCCCAGCUUGGCCCAGGCGUACAGGCGGAGGUGGUGGAUGGCCGUCACAGCCAUCAUAGAGAAUCUGCUCUGCUCCGCUGUUCUGUUGGGCUGGGGCUCACUACUCAUCAUGCUGAAGAACGAAGGCUUCUAUUCCCACCUUUGCAUUGAGAACGAGACUGUCGCCACUAACGUGACUUCCAGGGAGAGCGACGGUUGGCGGAGCUGCGUGGAGCAGGAGGAGGUGCUGAAUCUCGGCUUCACCAUCGGCUCAUUCCUCUUAAGCGCAGCCACUUUACCUCUGGGGAUCUUGAUGGAUAGAUAUGGACCACGUCCGUUGAGGCUCGUUGGCAGUUCAUGUUUCGCAGCCUCCUGUGCAAUGAUAGCUGCUGCUGCAUACGACCCUGAAGUGUUGUCUGUCCUCAUCUUCCUCGCUGUCUCCUUCAAUGGCUUUGGAGGAAUCUGCCUGACCUUCACCUCACUCACACUGCCAAACAUGUUUGGCAACGUACGAUCAACCAUCCUCUCCCUGAUGAUUGGCUCCUACGCUUCUUCAGCCGUCACCUUCCCUGGUGUCAAGUUGAUUUAUGACCUUGGCGUGUCGUUCCGCGUCAUCAUGUGGGUGUGGUCGGGGUUGGCGUGCGUGGUCUUCCUCAACUGCUUCCUGAACUGGCCGGCUGAAUCCUUCCCCGCGCCCGAAGACAUCAGAUACUGUAAAAAGGUGAAGCUGAGUGGGCUCGUGACAGAGGACAAGAUGACCGGAGACAGGUACAUCACUCACGUCACCCUCAUGGAAGACACGAUGGAGGGCAAGAAGCCCGAACCUGAGCAGACGGACUCGCCAAGCACAGCCAAGGGCUCCGUACCACUCUGUCAUUCCAUUUGCACCCCCAUCCUGCUGUGGAGUCUCAUCACCAUGGCAAUGACCCAACUGCGGCUGAUCUUCUUCAUGGGUGCCAUGAACAAGAUGACAGAGUUUCUGGUCACCCACGGCAACCCUGACCCCUCAGAAGAGCUGCAGAAGGAGGCGGAGGAACAAGUUGGUUUCUACUCUUCUGUCUUCGGUUCCAUGCAGCUGCUGUGUCUACUGACCUGUCCUUUGAUUGGCUAUAUCAUGGACUGGAGACUGAAGGAGUGUGAAGAGGAAAAUGCAAACACACAAACGGAGAACAGACAAUCUAAUCCCCCAAAGAGAGGCCGAACGAUCCAGAAACUGACCAAUGCCAUGAGAGCUUUCAUCUUCACCAACCUCCUGUUGGUCACCUUUGGAAUAAUUUCCUUGAUUGACAACCUACCCUUACAGGUGGUGUCGUUUGUUCUGCACACUAUAGUGAGAGGAUUUAUCCACUCCUGCUGUGGAGGCCUCUAUGCUGCUGUGUAUCCGGCCAACCAUUUCGGGACACUAACAGGCAUGCAGUCAAUGAUCAGUGCUGCUUUCGCCCUGCUCCAACAGCCACUGUUCAUACUGAUGGUGGGACCCCUCAGUGGAGAUCCAUACUGGAUCAAUCUGGGCCUCCUCAUCUUUUCCCUGGCUGGCUUCCUGUUGCCGGGCUAUCUCUUUUAUCACCGUAGAAACCUGAUCAAGGCAAAGGCAGUGCACGAUAGGCUGGCUGCCAGCCAAGGCAAAGAGAGCGCUCCUCUGGCCCAAUCAGCCGGCGGAACUGCACAGAGCCAAGCCAAUUGGCAGGAAGCUAAUGGAUACGCACCGAAUGGGCAUGCUAUUUAAGAUUAUUGACAGGAGUGAAAUGAUCAAUUUGUAUUAAACAUUUUUUGUAAUGACUGUUCAGUAGAUUAUGGAUAUAGAAGUUACACUUGUGACCCUAAUGUCAGAUGUCUCAUUUUGAAAAUAGACUUUGAAUUACGCGUGAGUGAAAACAUGUGUACACCUGAAAAAUGUGCCUCCAUAUUUGACUCACCAAAUAUGUAUGGCAAUAAACAGUGUUUGUGAUCACUUCACUUGGUAGCUUCUACUCUUGAAGUAGCAGCUUGCUAAAUGAAACUUGAAGCAUUAAAAGCAAGAAGCAACAUGGUAAACAACCCUCAGGGAGUACUACAAAGAAUCCUCCAGUGGGCAUUAAAUUAAUAGUUUGACAUUUUAGGAAAUACUAUUUAUUACCUUUACCCGUGAUUGAGAUACAACGGUUAAUCUAACGUUCAUGUCUUUGUGUUGGUUUGUUUGUAGAUGAUCAACUUUGCUUUGGUUAUCAUAAAACCUGAAAGCAGCAUGCCUGUAUGUAUCCACCUACUGACGCCUUAAAAGCAAAUAAAAUGUAUAUAAUUUAAUUAGUUUUCAUUAUGAAUGUGAAAAACAAGAUUUUAUAUUUGAAGGGGAAUCAAUAUAUCUGGCUUUAUUAAACCACAUGACCACUAUGCAGGGUGGACACUAUCCACUGUUUUUGGGAUAAAGUUGAAUGUCUGUUUUGAAAACUGAAUCUGCUUUUCUUUUGACUGCAAGUCAUCCUGACUUUUUUUAGUUCAGGUCAGGUUUAGGAGUAGCACCAGCGUUUGGUUUUUACAUUGGUGUGUUUCCCUAUUUAACACUAUAAUUGCAACAGCUAUGUAAAUUAAUUAUACUGGGAUGUAUUUAUUUAAUUCCUUUUUUGAGACCAUUGAAUGUAACUCGACACAAUCACUUAAACUGAUGACUGUUGGUGUUUUCAUUCACUGGAGAAUGUCAGCUCUUCAAUGAUACAAAUGGAUGCUCUUCUUUGACCGGAUCAAAUGCUCACUGAGAGAAGGUACAUUUUGGAAACUUUCUACUAUUUAAAACCGUCAACUUGUUUCCUUCUGCACUUAGAACCAAGCAGCCUUUAAAUGUGCCACAAUAUAAAUAUGCUGUACAAAUAAAAUUGAUUGAAUUGCCA